CUCCAAUGACCUUGAGCGUGUGGGGGAUCUAGAUUCUCGCUUGUGGUGGUCAUUGACUGGAAUUCAUUGCCAACAAUAAUGGUAUCAGCCCACUCAGCGGAUGCUUACAUAGAGUGAUGAUUUCUCCGCAGAAAUAAAUACUGCAACGACGAUGACAACUACUGCGUCUGUUACUCUAUAUCCCCGAAUGCUACUGUUCGUGCUGAAUAUAAGUAAAGUAACAAUUACAUUUUUCUUAGAACUUUAAAGAAAAAAAAUCGAAUAGUAACCAGUACUCCCGCUGUUGCUGCUGCUGUGCUGUACAAAUCUGUACCGUAUACUAAUUUUUAAUAUGUGGAAAUAUGCCAUACGAUUUGUGAGGCUUUAUCGCAAUCGAGUUUACAACUUACUAUACACUCGAUGUAACACUCAAAUCCGUCCAACAUUCACUAAAACAUUGUCAUUCUCUAUCCCUUUCGCUUGGUGGCCAUUUGAAUUUUUAAAACAGAAGGAUAUACACGAAGAAAUUCAACAAUCCUUCACCAACUGUUUAUAUCUCAUAGCAAUCGGUGAAUUUAAAGAAGCCGAUAGUAAAUUACAUGAAUUAUUGUAUUAUGUAAAUGCAUCUCAUGAAAAUCAAAAGCUUACUGACCUUGAAUACACUAAUAAACGUGCAAGGAUUUGCUCUGAAAUGGCUAACUUAAGCCUUCUUAUGGGAAAUCAUUCAGCUGCAGAAAAACUUAUUCGACAGACAAUGCAAGAUUGUUUAACUGGUGAAAUAUCAACAAAAGAUGCAAUGUUUAUUGAAUUAUCACUUAAAAUGGCACUGCUAUUUGAAAAAUCUGAUAGAAUCGAUGAUGCAGAAACUGGUUUUCGAUAUUGUAUACAAACACAAGAACAGAAAUUAGCUAGCUUAGAUGAAAGUGUCGACAGUACAAAUGAAAAGGCCUUACUGGGAAUGUGUUGUAAUUAUUUCGCCAAAUUUCUCUUUUCCAAUAAACAGUCCGCCGAAGCCCUGGUUUAUGCUGAGAAAGCCUACACCAUUGCCAGUCAGAUUUAUCCACCGGAUCAUCUGAAUUGUUUAAACCUACUCAUUGACAUUAGUGUUAUUCAAACAGAUUUAAAUCUAUUUAAAGAAUCUCAGCGUACACUGGAACAAGUCAUUGAAACCAGUCAAACAAAAUAUCAAUAUUUACUUGAUGAAUGCAAUAGUAAUAAAGAUGCUUAUAAUCUCUUCAAAUCGGAUUAUUUAAAACAAUAUGAAGCACAUCAAAUGAUAUAUACACUAAUUCACUCCAUAUUACAAUUAGCUGUAGUUAAUUUAAUGUUAAAUAAACAAGAGUUUGCUGAACAAUUAUUACUACAAGCCAAUCGGAUACUGGAUCAAGUCAAUCAUCAGUUGGGCUUGAAAAUCUCUUCACAUCGUAAACAAAUUGAUGAUUUUCAAGCGCAGUAUCAUUUACUAGCCUAGAUCAUGUUAUUUUGUAAAUCUGCAAUCCAUAAUGUGGAGGUAUAAUCUACCACAGUUACCAAGUUUUAUCCUUGUAUCACACUGGCUACAAAGUGCUGGCAUAAAUCAGACUAAAUAUCCAAUAUCACAUUGUUUGCAAAUAUUGCGUCAGUAUGUUUUUCAAAAUGAAAUACUAAUACUACUACUACUUAACUCUGAAAUCUCAGCGAUUCGAAAUGAGGAUCUAUUUGUUCGUUGUGCCUUCCUAGACUAUAUAUCUGCUCUUGACUCGGUCCCUAGGGACAUCUUAUUAAACAAACUUGCUGCAAGUCAAAAAGAAUGUUGGCCUGUUAACUGGUUACAUUCAUAUUUCUCAGAAAGAAAGCAUUACACCGUGUAUAAAAGGAAGUCUUCCGCUUCAUUGCCUCCUGAAGCUGGUGUCCCUCAAGGCGUUGUCCUUUCUCCUUUUCUUUUUUCUUUCUUCUUACAUGACUUGCCUCACUCUGAUGAAAUGAACUUUAUGAAGUGCGCUGAUGAUUUAACAGUUUCAAUUGUUGUUAACUCUCAGCUAGAUUGUACCAAAAUAAAUUGGUUCAACCUGUGUAUAUGUGUGAAUACAACUGCAGAUGAACUUGUAGAUACAGUGUGAAGUGGAGUUCAUAGAAUUUCGUCCUUUUAUCGUAGGUACAUGAAUCGAAAAUGUUGGGAAUGUAUAGAAAAGAGAUUCAGCAUAGAAUGUACAUUUGGUAGCUGGACAAAGCGUUUAAGCUGUGAAAAAAAUCGUGAUUUGAUCACCAUUAAAUGUUAUUUUAAUAGAGAUAUCCUUCUUUAGUACGAAAGCUGUGGUGUCAGGGGUUAUUGGCAUGUACUUUUCUUUUAUAUAAAUGAGUAAUUGUCAUGCAUUCUAUUUUAUUUUAUUAUUGUUAACCAUGCUAACUGUAAAGCGUUUGCAGAGAAACUACAAAAUGAUAUUUGUCUUCU